CACCACCACUAAGCAUAUUUUGUUAUUAAAGACAGGUUCUUCUCUAGACAUGCAUUUUGAUUCAGUAAAAUCAGCAGCAAACUGCCUAACGAUUCAUACAUAACGUUGGUGGAAGGAACGCGGAGUAGUGCAUAUUGUUUUGUUAUACUAUACAUUUAUCGUUCUAAUAUAUACAUUUUUUUUGUUAAUUACUUGCUUGCAAAAUGGGAAAAUUUUUGAUAAAAUGUUUGCUUGCAAAAUGGGAAAUGUAGAAAGUGUGAAAACAGUAAUUUGCUUGCAAAAUGGGAAGCAACCAAGUUAGAACAUCCAACGCGGCCAAAUUCUUGUGAUAUGUACUAUCAUUACAUCGACUAAGUGUGCAUCAGAGAUUAGAAACUCAUUUUCUGUUGCAAUUUUGGUUAUUGAAUUCCAUGGCGAAAAGCUUUUGACGAAAAAAGUUAUUUACAGAAUACUCUACCGGUAAUAAACUACAUUUACGCUACUUUCCGGUCAAAACUACCAAUGGUGCAGAGCUUGUAGUGGUGAAAGAAACUUUAGUAGAACUUUCAAUUGGAUCUCAAAUGAAAGAUGUCGACGAGAUCUACAAAAUUAGCUUAAAAAAUUUUAUGUCCCAUAUACCUAAGAGAAGCUAGAGAUUUCUGGAAAACCAACUAAAGUUCACAGGCACUAUGGUAAUUUUUCUAAGAUUUUCAGUCGAUGGCCCGCCGAAUUCUGAGCAAAAUAAGACGCUUCCCAAGAUUUAAUGACUUUUUAUUGAAGGUAAAAUGAGCAAAAUACAGAGAAAGGUUUGUACACAGACGAGUUUCCAGCUUUAUUUGAGUAUUUGAUACCUCUUUUUGUAUUUUCGUUCCUUUCACUUGGUUAUAAAUCCUAGAGCGUCGGAAAAGGUCUCAUUUUGCGCAGAAUCCGAAGAACUGUCGAUUGGUAGUAUCGGAAAGCUUCCACAGUUUCUGAGAAACUUUCCAAGUUUUCUGGAAAAACAAGGUUUUUCAAAAACUUCUAGGUUCUUUCUUUCUCACAGACCUGUUCUACACAAAUUGCAAAUCUCGCCGAUAUGAAGCUUCUCCGAAAGUUCCGUUGGCGGCUGUAAACUCCAAAAUGUACACAGUUUUUGCUGGAAAGGUAUUUGGUGUAUAACUUCUUUUUAUGAGUGAGGUAGCGAGUUCGGGUUUUCACCAUUGGAUUUAGCCUUUGAAACUGCCAUAGAUAAUCUAUUUUUAUCGCUUCCACACAUACGUUUGUAGAACCUGGUAUGUUUCUUGUAGAAUUACUCAUGCACAUUUACAUUCUACUCUGUGCAGCAGCUAUCUUGACUGUAACACAGUCAACACCAAUUGUUGUUACACGUGACAAUGUUGAAGAUGAAGGUAUUACCAGACAAACAAAUGUCACUCAUGUUCAGAACCGUGCUGAUUUUGUUGCUGUGAAGGCACUUAGAUCAAAGCGGCAAGGGGGUAACUUACACUUUCCAAUCGGGCAGGUCGGUGGUGGCCAAGUAGGUGGUUUUGUUAGUGUGGGUGGGAAUGGCAUCCCUAACGGUGGUGGAAUGACUUAUUCUGUGCCGAUUCGUGAUGGGUGUCUGUAUGGUGACGACUUUGUUUUGUUACAAGAUGGUUCUCGAAAACAGUUGAAAAAUCUACGUAGCGGUGAUAAAGUCUAUUCAGUUGACAAGCAAGGUAAAGUGGUCAAAGAUGAAAUUAUUAUGAUGCUACACGGAGGACCAAAAUUUGAAGCUCCAUUUUAUACGUUAACUACCUCGUCGAACCGAACUAUUAGUCUAACUGGUCAUCAUCUAAUUAUGAAGUAUAGUCCUGAAGAAAAACAUUCGCGGAUGGUUGCUGCAAAUGAAUUGAAAGUUGGGGAUUAUCUACUGAUUGGUGACAACCGGCAAACAGAACCGGUUCCGAUUAUGUCGAUUGAACUUCUAUACAAAACUGGUAUCUACACUCCAAUGACAUACACAGGAACACUUCUUAUCAAUGAUGUUGCUGUUUCAUGCUACGUCAAGUAUUUUAACAAAUACAAUGAAUUACACACACUGCUCUACCCAUUUCGAUUCUACUACUAUUUAAUGAAAGAUAUCCUUGGAGUCAGUGAAGAACCAUUUUCAGUCGUUCCAAGUCUUGUCUAUGCUGAUGAUCAAUUCUAUGGAACAAGAAUGAUUAGUUGGUUACAUCAAUCGAAAAAUAUGGUUCGAUAUGUCGGACAAGAUUUAUUAAUCGGUACAUUUUUAAGUAUUUAA